UCCGCAGGCGUACCGGUGGUAGCUUAAGCUUCACCGGUAGGCUACCACUCAAGGCAAAGUGGCAUUUUUCGUCUCUGAUAAGUGAUGGCAAAAUAUACGUCACAAUUCCCAUUUUUCAGAGUAGCUUCACCCGCAGGCAAGCCACAAUUCUCGGCGAUGACUUUUGAAUUCCAGUCUCUUCUUUGCGCUCUGAACUGACUCAAGCCUUGACGCUUGCUUGACGGUCUGAACUCAGAACAGCUAAAUAUUGAUAACUGUAACAAGAGGAAGUAUUAAAUGGUCGAGUGAGAAAAGAUAACCCUAGAAUUUCGAAUUCGCAGCAAGUUAACAAUGGAGGAGAAGGCUAACGGUCCGAUUGAAGGAGAAGAAAGUCGCCGGCCGGUUAUUGAUGGGCCGACCAAUCCUAUGGUGACGCCUCUGCUUUCAGAUCUUUAUCAGUUCACCAUGGCAUAUGCAUACUGGAAAGCUGGCAAGCAUAACGAACGAGCUGUGUUUGAUUUAUAUUUUCGGAAGAACCCCUUUGGUGGUGAAUAUACAGUUUUUGCUGGCCUUGAAGAGUGCAUAAGGUUCAUUGCUAAUUUUAGAUUUUCAGAGGAUGAAAUUGCUUUCAUCCAAGCAUCCUUGCCUAAAACUUGUGAGGUUGGCUUCUAUGAUUAUCUAAGAGGAAUUGAUUGUUCUGAUGUUGAAGUAUGUGCUGUUCCGGAGGGUUCUGUUGUUUUCCCAAAGGUACCUCUCCUGAGAGUUGAAGGGCCAAUUGCGGUAGUUCAACUGCUGGAAACUCCAUUUUUGAAUCUUAUAAAUUAUGCCUCCUUAGUUGCCACAAAUGCUGCAAGGCAUCGUUUUGUUGCUGGAAAGUCAAAACUUCUACUUGAGUUUGGGCUUCGACGGGCACAGGGGCCUGAUGGUGCAAUAGGGGCAUCAAAGUACUGUUAUAUGGGAGGAUUUGAUGCAACAAGCAAUGUUGAAGCUGGGAGGUUAUUUGGGAUACCUCUUCGUGGUACACAUUCCCAUGCUUUUGUUAGCUCAUUCAUGAGCCCUGAUGAGAUUAUGGAGAAAUCACUUCCAAGUCAUGAUGGUACAAGUACUUGUGAGGAUUUUGUUAGUCUGGUGCAAACAUGGUUAGGCAAAAUAAAGUGGUCAAGUUUACUGCAUGGCAUUUUUGGUGAGACAAAUCAGAGUGAGUUAGCAGCUUUUGCCUCAUAUGCCCUUGCAUUCCCCAACAAUUUUCUAGCUCUGGUAGACACGUAUGACGUUAUGAAAAGUGGGAUUCCUAAUUUUUGUGCAGUUGCUCUCGCACUCAAUGAUUUGGGGUAUAAAGCAGUGGGCAUUAGAUUAGACUCUGGUGACCUUGCAUAUUUGUCUUCUGAGGCUCGCAAGUUCUUUAACUCUAUCAAGGAGGAAUUCAAUGUUCCUUGUUUUGGAAAGAUGAGCAUUACUGCUAGUAAUGACAUCAAUGAGGAAACUCUGGAUGCUUUAAACAAGCAGGGCCAUGAAAUUGAUGCAUUUGGUAUUGGAACUUAUCUGGUGACAUGCUAUGCUCAAGCUGCUUUAGGUUGUGUCUUCAAGCUUGUUGAAAUAAAUAAUCAGCCUCGCAUCAAGCUUUCUGAAGACAUUUCGAAGGUCUCUAUUCCUUGCAAAAAACGGUGUUACAGACUGUAUGGGAAAGAAGGUUACCCCCUUGUAGAUAUAAUGACAGGGGACAGUGAACCACCUCCAGAGGUGGCAGAACGCAUUCUGUGUCGUCACCCCUUUAAUGAAUCUAAGAGAGCAUAUGUGGUGCCACAGCGUGUUGAGGAGCUUCUGAAGUGUUACUGGCCAGGGAAACCAGAUGAAGCUAGAGUAAAAUUACCACCUCUCAAGGAGAUCAGGGAGCGUUGCAUCAAACAGCUGGAGCAAAUGCGGCCUGACCACAUGAGGAGAUUGAAUCCAACACCAUACAAGGUUAGUGUAAGUGCAAAGCUCUACGACUUUAUUCAUUUCCUAUGGCUCAAUGAAGCGCCUGUCGGGGAGUUGCAGUGAAUCUCACGGUACAACUGGAGGAGUUUCUUCCAUGUUAUAGUUUGCAUGCAUUUGAUUUUGACGUGUAAAACCACAAGAAUUGUUUCUCUUUUUGACUUGUACAAUGUUAGUAGUAAAGAACGUGUAAGUUUCUAGCAUAUUAUUCUGCAAGAAGUAGCUGGCCGAAUGAUUACUCCA